GGCGCCCCCGCGGAGCGGCCCGGCGGGGCGCUGUGCCUGGGGCUGCUGCUGCACGUCCUGCUGGGCUGCGGCUCGGCGCAGCCGCCCGACCGCUGCCCGCCGCUGUGCCAGUGCUUCGAGCCGGCGCGGACGGUGAAGUGCGUGAACAGGAACCUGACGGAGGUGCCGCCCGACCUGCCGCCCUACGUGCGCAACCUCUUCAUCACGGGCAACCGCCUGGGCCGCCUGCCCGCCGGCGCCCUGGCCGCCCCGCGCCUCGCCGACCUGCGCGCCCUCAACCUCAGCGGCAACCACCUGCUGGCGGUGGAGGCCGGCGCCCUGGCCGCCCUGCCGCGCCUCCGCCAGCUGGACCUCAGCGGCAACCCGCUGGCCGCCCUCAGCCCGCAGGCCUUCGGCGAGGCCGGCAGCCCGCUGGAGGAGCUGGCCCUGCGUGGCGCCCUGCGCAACCGCAGCGUCGUCCUCAACCUCGCCGCGCUGCUCCAGGCCGGCGCCCUGCGCAACCUCAGCCGCCUCGAGCUGGCCGACAACGGGCUGCUGCUGCUGCCCGCCGGCAUGUUCGCCUCCCUGCCGGGCCUGCGGCACUUGGACCUCAGCAACAACUCCUUGGUGGGCCUGCGAAACGUCUCCUUCCAGGGCCUGGGCCACCUGCAGAGCCUCAACCUCAGCGACAACUCGCUGAGCGUCCUGAGGAACGGCACCCUGGCCCAGUUCCGCAGCCUGCCCGCCCUCCGGAGGAUCGGCCUCGGCCGCAACGCCUGGGUCUGCGACUGCGCCAUCGAGGACUUGGUGAACUGGCUCAAGGAGAGCGACCAGGUGGAGGGCAAAGAAGCCCUGAAGUGCGCCUACCCCGAGAAGAUGCUGGGAAAAGCCUUGCUGCAGAUCAGCAGUUCGGACCUGAACUGCUCUGUGCCUGUAGACGUGCCCUCCCAGCUACAGACUUCGUACGUCUUCUUAGGGAUUGUCUUGGCUCUCAUCGGGGCCAUUUUUCUCCUCGUUUUGUAUUUGAACCGAAAAGGAAUCAAAAAGUGGAUGCACAACAUCAGAGACGCGUGCAGGGAUCACAUGGAGGGGUAUCACUACAGAUACGAGAUCAACGCGGACCCCAGGUUAACAAACCUCAGCUCCAAUUCAGAUGUCUGACAAAACACCAAGCAGGAAGCAGGGCAAUGCACAACAGCUAUGCAUGAGAGAAGUGGACUUGAGCUUUACCCCCGUGCUUGCCUCCCUCUCCCCAGAGCAAUCACAGGCGUGUUUGUAACGUGAAGGGAACGUGCCUCCAUGAGAUGCAGAGUUCAUUACUGUUUUCUUUUGUGUUGAGACACAGAGCAGUUGCGUGUGGUGUUGGGCUGUAUAUAAGAAAUAAGCUGCUACUUCUCCUCCUCCUCCUUGCCUAUUUUCAUUGGAACUUGCUGCCAGUACUUGUUGGAAAAGUUUUCAAAGUCUCAAAAGAUAAAAGGAUUCUCUCUCCAUCUCUCUCUCUCUCUCUCUCUCCCCCCCCUCCCGGCUGCUGUAAAGCCACCAGACUUUAUAAAGACUUACCGAUACAGAUACCAUUCAACAAAAGCUGCCUCAACUUUUUUGGGAAAAAAAGUUACAUUCAUCAGUACCAGUUUUAGUCUUGUAUAUCCUAACUGCAAAGACAAAGA